CGCCAGCACGACGAGGCAGAAGCAAGGGCUGAUGAUGAAGAUUAAACACAGCAUCGUGAGAAGAUAUUCAUCGGAGAGCGGGCGUUACUUACCAUGGCAGCAAAAUGGCGAAGCCGCCGAAGCGAGGCCGAGAACAGCCAGUUGGAGGACAGCGCAAACAAGAUAGCGCUCCUCCUCUCGCAUCUCACGGAUCUCCUGGCAACCUGCAUUACACAGCAGGCAGAGAUCCUUGGUCUCGACAACUCGGUAGCCAACCUCCAAAGCCGCCUUCAACAGGUGGAGCAGCGACCAGUCGACGCCGCCAACGCAGGCUCUUCCAACACUGCCGACCACCUCACCGCAUUGGAAAUGCACGUCGGAUCCCUCCAAGACGGCGCACAGUUACAGCAGAGCGUGACGCAACAAUUGCAGCAGCGGAUCUGCACUACCGCCACCACCUCGAGUCCGGAGCCGCGCGAGACAUCUCCUAAGUUCGAUGGGCAGGAGAUCUUCCACGACUCAAUCAAGACAGAUCCAAUUCCAUGGUUUCACAAGUUCGAGCUCACGCUGCAGCUCCACAACGUCAAGGAAAACAAGCACCACGCUUACUUGUACUCUCGCUCAGGGGGCGCGUGUCAAGCGUGGUUGGACAACUUGUUGUCCAAGUACGGAGUGGUAGCAGCGGACUUGCACACCAUGAUCAGCUGGGAUGAUCUGAAGGCGGCGUGGCACAAGCGGAUCCAGGUGGAGCCGCCAGAGAUCAAAGCCAUGGACAAGCUCAUGGUCUUCGAACAAGGCACGCUGCCGAGUACGGACUGGAUCGCUGAGUACCAACGCUUGACGUUAGUCCCGGAUAUCCAGAUGGGCUUCAAGGCCAUCCGCCACUACUUCAUCUCAAGGUCAUGUCCGACAUUGAGCAAUGCCCUGACGCAUGUCGAGGACACCUUGACGACGACGGCGAAACUAUUCGACAAGGCUGCGCAGAUCAUCGUUACGAACAAGGAGGCCAAAAGCCUCCGUUCUUCUGCAUCAGGCCCGAGCGGGAACCAGCAUCAGCCACAAGUGGUCGUGGUCGCAGCGGCAGCGCCGUUAGACCAGACCAGCGAGGCUGCGUCUGCCAGUGAAGGAGACAGAUUCGCAGCCGCCCAGAAAGGGAAACUGAGCACUGCCGAGAGUGAUGCGACGACACGCUCGACGCCUUCGGAAAUGGUUUCUUCGCGAGUGACCAGCCUUCAUUCUGAGGCGCACACGGAAGUCGACAGUCCUCCGCUUCUAUUUUCUUUUAAGGACUAUGCUGCCUGGCUCGUUCCAACGCUGGGUACUCAAGCUCAAGGACAAGGAGUGUGUGCGGUUUCUUCUCCGUCCGGCAACAGCGACAUAUCGUCUUCAAGUGGUUCGUCACGGGAUUCAGCGCGCGAGUUCAAGAUAGAGGUUUUGGACCCGCUCACAUCUGAGGACUUUGCAUGGCUUCCUCUCCCGACCACAGGCUGUUUGCCGGGACCGCAAUGCGCAGCACUUAGCGCUCAUCUCCACACUUACCUUUCCUUCUAUGCACUACCAACUUCGCCGACGGAUGACGAAGUCGCGGUGGGGGACAUCCUGGCGUACGUUACCAAGGUGGCCCGCGAGUUUCGCACACAGCGGUACGAUAACAACAAUGCACCGCUCAUGUAUGUCCGCAUCCAGGUUGGGCAAGCGUCCUGCAGCGCUUUGCUGGAUAGCGGCGCGACUCACAACUUCAUGAGCCAGUCUUUUAUGCAAAGAGCUGGCCUUGGCGCACAAGUUCGGAGAAAGGCAAACCCGACGGCGAUCAAGUUGGCGGAUGGAAACACGCAGCAACUACUCGACCAUUACAUCGAGGCCGUACCGGUCUACUUCACACCUCAUGCAUGCGAACCGGUGGCAUUCGAUAUUCUCGACACGGACUUCGACCUCAUUCUGGGAAUGCCUUGGCUUGCAAGUGCGGAUCAUAUGGUCAACUUCCAUUGGCGGACUCUAAGCGUUCGUGACGCCUUCGGCGCGGAAAUGGCGUGUACGAUUCCUCUACCACACUCUUCGAUCUGGUGCCAAGUGGUGACGGCCAAAUCAUUCCGGGCGACUUGUGCUUACGAGCAGCCCGAGGAGAUCGGCAUAUGUUUCCUACGGACCGUUGCGGUAACCGACUCUUCACCCACGGACUUGUCUUCGGACCCCCGUGUGGUACGGUUGCUGGACGAGUUCGCCGACAUCUUCGAGUCACCUACCGGUGUGGUGCCGGGUCGGCCGAUCUCUCACGAGAUCAUUCUUGAGGCCGGUUCCGUGCCGCCGAAAGGUUGCAUCUAUCGGAUGAGCGAGGAGGAGCUUAAGGUACUCCACGCACAACUCGAUGAUUUGUUGGCCAAGGGCUGGAUCCGCCCGAGUAGCUCCCCAUAUGGAGCACCAGUUUUCUUUGUCAGGAAGAAGAACAAGGAUCUACGAUUGUGUAUCGACUACCGCAAGCUCAACGCACAAACCGUCAAGAAUGCGGGGCCUCUUCCUCGCAUCGACGAUCUCCUCGAGCGGCUGGGCGGUGCGAAGUAUUUUUUUAAGUUGGAUUUGAAAUCAGGAUAUCAUCAAAUCUCGAUUCAGCCGAAUGAUCACUAUAAAACCGCAUUCAAGACGCGGUACGGGCAUUUUGAGUGGGUGGUCAUGCCUUUUGGCCUCACCAACGCCCCGGCGACAUUCCAGGCGGCGAUGACCAAUGAGUUCCGUGCAAUGUUGGACCGGUUCGCGCUGGUCUACUUAGACGAUAUUCUCGUCUACAGCCGGACAUUGGAGGAUCAUCUUGGACAUGUUCGACGAGUGUUGGAGACGCUCCGCCGUGCCAAGUACAAGGCCAACCGCGACAAGUGCGAAUUUGUCCGGCAAGAGCUGGAAUACUUGUGCCAUUUUGUCACACCGGAGGGCAUCAGUCCGCUAUUGGACAAGAUUCAGGCCGUCCAAGAGUGGCCGGAGCCUCGGAACGUCACGGAUGUCCGCUCGUUCCUUGGUCUUACCGGCUACUAUCAGCGCUUCAUCAAACGAUUUUGGUGGUCCGACCUUCUCGGCGACGUCACGCGCUAUUGCGAGUCAUGCGAGGUUUGCCGACGCUGCAAAUCCCGCAACCAUCGUCUGUACGGUGAGCUACGACCAUUGCCAGUCCCGUUGAGGCGAGGGGAAGCGAUUGUCAUGGACAUCACCGGCCCGUUCCCCAAGCACAAGACCGGACUGGAUGGGAUUCUCACGGUGGUCAACCGACUUACCAAGUUCGCCAUGUUUUUGCCUUGUCGCUAUCAUGCCAAGGCACCGGAGUUGGCUGAGGUUCUGUACGCCGGUUGGAUUCGCACCAAGGGUUACCCCAAGGAGAUCGUCUGCGACCGCGACACUCGGUUCAUGUUCGAUUUUUGGUUGGCGCUCAUCAAGCGAUGGGGCUCAUCUCUCAAGCCCAGUUCAGCUCACCACCCUCAGACCGAUGGCCAGACGGAGACGGCGCAUCAGACCGCACAGGUUCUCCUUCGCACUCUCAUCAGCCCCGACCAGAAAGACUAGGUUGAGCGACUGUCGGACGUUGAGAUGGCCUACAACUCUUCCAUCCACCCGGCUAUUGGGAUAUCGCCCUUCGAG